CUGCACAGGUUUAUGGUGCAGGUCCCCCAGUUUCCAGUAUACAGGGUUUCUGCUAAAAAAAAUGGUAGAAUUUCAAUGUUCUGACUUUGGCUGAAUCAUAACAUUAUUUAUCCUUGCUGAGAUUCUAUCAUAGUGCAGAUGCUUUUACCCAGCCUGUUUGCAACAGACGCUUCUGUUUUUGACAGCUGUUGGCGUCCUUCAAUGGCACUGUCCCAUCUGUCACUCAACACUCCCUCAGCUGGUGCCAAAGCUGCUUGAACAGAGGCACUUUUGACUCCUUUUGGGACUUAGAAGUAGGGCCCUUCCUUUAUUAUGUGCCAUGUUGUCCCCUCCAGCUGUGGUUCUGCACCCCUACAGCCUGCCUGUCUAUCCUCCGGCACCCCAAUGCUACUCUGGGCUUGUUCAGGGUAGUCCAGAUGCUACUGUACCACCUACUGAUGCCAUGACUCAGACGUUUCCAGCCCAGUAUCCACCGCCCCAGGCCCGACUCCCCCCACAAUACCAUCUUCACACCACCCCAUCUGAGUACCCAUCUCCAACUGCCCUGGAUCAUAGCCUGCGGAUCUUCCCUGAGCAGGGCACAACUGCAUCGGAUCCUCUACCAUUGCCUCCACCUCCUGCCCAAGCUGAAGAAGUCCCUGCACCUGAGCUAUCUCCUGAGACAGAGGAUGCAGAAAGUGAGGAGAAUAAAGCUCAGCCAAAGCGCUUCCAUGUGUCCAACAUUCCCUUCCGCUUCCGUGACCCUGACCUGCGGCAGAUGUUGGAGUAACAAUUUGGAAAAAUCCUCGAUGUGGAAAUCAUCUUUAAUGAGCGUGGUUCAAAGUAUUGCAUGAGAAGGGGUUUUGGGUUUGUCACCUUUGAAAACAGCCAGGAUGCUGACCGGGCACGAGAAAAGCUAAACAGCAGUAUUGUUGAGGGAGGAAAACUGCAGGUCAACAAUGCCACUGCCCGUUUAGUCACCAAGAAACCCCCAGUGGCACCUCUAGUGAAUGGAUGGAAGAUCAAUCCUGUAGUUGGUGCUGUCUAUGCUCCUGAUCUGUAUACAGUGGCAAGCAUCCCUUACCCCAUGAUGGCACCCGCUGCUUGGCCCUACCGUGGGACUCUGCGAGGGCGUGGCCGAGCCACUAUCUAUAAUCCCAUUCGAGCAGCACCUGCUCCCACUCCAGUUCCAGCCUAUGGAGCGUUGCUGUAUCCAGAUGGUCUAUACAGUUCUGACCUCUAAGGUUAUCCUGCAGCAUACAGAGUGGCUCAGGCACCAGCAGCUGCGGCAGCCACAGCAGCAGCAGCGUACAGUGAUGGGUAUGGACGGGUUUACACUACUGCUGAGCCUUACCACCACGCAGUAACCCCUGCCUAUGGAGUUGGUGCCAUGGCCAGUUUAUACCGAGGAGGAUGCAUCGCUUCACUCCGUACUGAAGGACAAGCACUGGGGCUGAACAACCAGGCAGAUGUCCGUCAGUCGAUAGUACAGAUGAUGGGAUCCCUGUGUUGAGAACCUUGUCUCUCUGUGUGUGGGUGUGUAUGAGUCUGUGCAUGAAGGAGAGAAUUAGACCAUUGGUAUGGGUAUCUCCCACCCAGCAAUACUAGAGACUCCUCAGGAAUUUUCCCUGAACCCAUAAGAAUUUUUAACAUUAUUCAUAAUUCGGGCUUCUUCUGUGUCUUCUGGUUGGGUAGAGACUAGCAGGUGCGCAGCACACCAAAUCAAAAUGCAGAUGAAACAGCAGACACACAAUCAUAGCUAAGUUAUGGGUCUUGAGCUCCACAGGUAUCCUAUUUCAGUUAGACUUUGGUAAGGCACAUUUGGGAUUUGGGAACUCCAUUUUAUUUCUUGAACGCUAUCAAAAAAUUCUCUCAACCAUAAGUAGAGAGGCUUCCAGGCUUUGUACUGGAUCUGAUGGCAUUUUAAAAAUCUGAACUGAGGCUCUUGUUAACGGCCUCAGAUAAGGAACCUUGGGAUGGGAGCACUACAGUUUCACCUGAUCAAAUAUUCAAACACUGUAAAAUAAUUGAUUUCCAAACAAUCAAAACAAUAGAUUUAUACCGUUUACACUAACACAGUUUCCACAGGAAACCUGGGAACUGUUAUUGGAAGUGAUUGAAAAUAGCCAGUCCAAACCCUCUUAUGUUAUAUUUCCCACAGCUCCUGAGGGAGAAGGCAAGUUAGUUUCCAGCUGAUCUCCAGAGGUGACAUGGAGCAAAAAUGGAAAAUAUGGCACUCUUGAAGUUGUUGGAUUCCAGCUCCCAAACAUCUCUGGCCAUCACCUGGGAAUUAUCUGGAAAAGCCCAUCUGGUGGUCAUAUGGUCCCUGCUUCUGCCAUGUCACUUAGAUUCUUCUGCAAUUCUCUGCUUUCUCCCCACACUACCUGUCCUUUCCUGCGCCUUGACUGCUCUUUUAUAUUUUUCUCCUUCAUGCUAGUUCUCACUCAACCUCUCUUUUUUGUGUGUGUGUCCUUUCUUGUAUUUCCAAUCUGCUUGGGUAUCAGCUCAGUAGCUGAAACAAGGUUCUUAUUCUCUGUAAAAAUGAAAAUCAAGUUUUUGCUUACAAAUGUUCGCUAUUUUUAUUCAAUUAUGAAAAUACAUCAACACAUUUCAGAUGUCCUUUCUCCCCGGGAUGUCCAGGAUGUAGAAGAAACAGUUCUGUUUGCAAGAGUGAUGCAACUUUACUUGCCUCAAGAGAAAAUAUCUUUUCCAAGAGGCAACUACUAAACAAACUGGCAGUACUUUUUUCAAUACCUCUCUGCAAAAUGUUUGUGGUUUUUUUUUUUUGUCUGAGUUGAAGAGCAAACUACUCCCAUCUCCCCAUUUUCAACUGACUGGGCUUGGAGAAACAUCUUUUAAUAUUGGCAAUAAGAUGCAUCCUCCAUUCAUAUUAAGGUCACAGACUUCCUUACUGGGAUCAGGGCCAGCUAUGGCUUUGCAUUCAAACAUUUUGUCAUUGUUUCCGUAUAUCCGACAUGCAUCAGUUGGAUCAUAUUUCGGCUUCAAGUUAGGCUGGCCCUGUUGCAUCAGUUCAACCCAUCUGUACAAUAUAUGGGAAAGCAUGCAUAUGUACAGUGUAUGCAUUAUACAUUGUAUAUCCACCACUGCAUUUUAAGUUUUCAACAUUUUUUGGAAAUGAUAACAAUACAAACUUUUACACUGCAAUCUGUGUACUUAAAAAGACAUUUCUAAACUCUUGGUAUGAACUGUGCCUCAUACUUCUCUCUUAACCAUUCUGAUUUUAAUCUACUAAUUUUAUUGGGGUUGAUCUCCUAAAUGAAGAACAAAGAAUGGGGAAGAGUUGUAUUUUUAUAUUAAAAUGUGAAUGAUUUAGCUGGAAUACAAUAAAUACUUUAUUGUGGAUAUACAGGAAGGAUCAACAAAUUGGAAAUACCGGAAACUUGAAAGUCACUGAUUGGGAAGUUUGCAUCUACUGAUAUAUAUGCUGAUAUAGAAAUAUACAUACGCAUGGGUGUUAUUUUACGACAAGCCUAAGGACUUUGUCAAAUGCAUUUCUUUUUUUUAAAGGAAUAUAUUUAAUUAUCAUUUUCUCCUAAAGGCUGUUGAUCCCAAAGCAGAAUUUAUUUCUGUUUCUGACAAUUUUGCUUCACUGUAUUUCUGUAUUUAUGUUGCAGUGCCUCUCAAGUUCACAAUGCAAUAUCUCAGGGAAAAAACUUCUCUAUAGAUGCUUGUUCUCCUUUCUUCUGUUUCCACAUUACUGUAAUAAAAUCCUGAUUCUGGCUAACUUCUGUUACUCUGCCUCCUCUUCUUUCUUUUCCUCCAUCUCUUUUUCUAUUGCUGCAUCCUUGCUCUUUCCCUUAUUAAGAAUGAUGCUCUCUUCAUUUCCACCAGGGAGAUAGGAGGGAAUGACAGCGUGGCAGGGGGCUUUCUGAAAUGGGCAGGCUAAGAUUAUAAAUAGGCAUUAAUGUGGGGAAAUGUGGAUGAAACAGAGAAAAGGUUAAUUUUUUUUCAUACAGCAAACAAUUUAGUCAAUGGUGAUAGAACAAAGUAAAUAUCUAAUCUGUGAGAAGCAGUGCAAUUUUCAAAGUGUCUCCUAAAGGUUUUGUGCCUACCCCUGUUUAAAAAGAUUUGGCUGCUAACACAAGCUUUUCCACUGCUCUUUGAAGACAGGAAAUACAAUGUUGUAAUAAAAUAGGGUGAAUCUGUUGCCAUUUUUAGAAUACUCUCUCAUGAAGCCAUUAUGUAAUGCUGGAUUUUUUUUUUUUUAAUUUACUGUAUCUGUAUUGCCUUGAGCACCCGAGACUUUGAAAGUUGUCCCUUGAUGAAUCACAUUUCUAGUAUGAAUUAGUUGGCAAUUUUGGCUGAAAUCUUAGUAAGCAUAAAUAUAACAGGAAAUGAUGUAAUUAUUAAUCAAAUUCAUAUUCUGGCCAACUCCCAACAACUGUGUGUACCUCAAACAACUCAAAUAAGCAAAAUACAAAACACACACACACACACACACACAUUAAAAGAAUCAAAGUUGGGUUUUUUUCUAUUUGACCCAAUUCACUAUCCCUAAAAGCAAUGGUAUGUUUGGGACUUUGAUCUGAAAUGCUAUAAGUGUGAUAUGAAGUCCUGUUGUUUCUGAUUCUACGAUCUAUUUUUCCUCCUAACAUGCUGCUUUUCCUAAACUAAUAUUUUGCCCCAUCCUGUUUAAGAAGGCCCUUUCUUGCUACAAUUGCAGGCUGAACUAAGAUCUCUUGUCUUCCUAGAAUUUAUUCUACCUCAAUGCUGUUGAAAGGCUGAUCUUUCUCUUAGAACCCGUGUUUCUAAAAAAACUAAUUCUCUGGCAUAGUCAUCCCUAUUAAAGAAACAGGGUUCCAGACAGUUUCCAUCUUGAGUUAAAUGACUGGGACAAGAAUCUACUGCAGUUUAACUCACUGGUACAGCUAUUAAAGAUGCAGGAACCCUUUUUCUUUUGUACCCGGCUAUCCUAGUGCAGACUAGGAUACAGCUGCAGGACACUUCCCUGCAUUCAAAUAAAAAUUAAAUCCCUGCAAGGAAAACUAAACAUCCAUAGGAAUGAGAAAUAUUUUGCGUUAGGUUUUCUCCUCCUGGGCUCAUUUUGAAUUCGGAGGGGAUUCUUGGUACCUGGGGUCCUCCCAUCGGCACACUGAAAUGAGCACAGGACAUAGUAGUCCGUCCUGUCUGUGGAUCUGCUCUCCCAUUGCUAUACGUGCAGAUCAGAUUUGCAAAUGAGAUUUAGGAUGUUUUAAAGGCAUUACUGGGAACAUAAACACCACACUCUGACAUUUAUUUCUGCAUAAAUGAGCAUCAAUGAGUGGAUAAUUUGGAAAAGGGAGGCAUUUAGAAAUACAUUUUUGUUGUGACAUGGCUGUCCAAGUGAACAAAUGGUAGAUUCUUUUUCCUUUUGCAAUCUGGUUCUGCUCUAAUAUUAUAGUUUGAACUCCUUUGCAUGCCUUUGCUUUCCAUUAAGCUUUGCUCACUCUGAGGCCACAUUCGCUUUGUUCUUUGCCUUUUUUCUUCUCUUUUGCCUCUUACUGUUUUCCUAUAGCUUUGUCUCUCUCCUUGCUUUCAUGCUUUCUAUUUGUGUACAUAGAUUACCACCACUUUUUUUUCCAACUGAGGUUUAAAUUACACAUAGUACAGGAUAGACACGGGUGGUUGGCUAUAAGGAGGAAAGCAAAUGGCCUAACCUUUCCAUCCUUUUUUUUGCUGCAAACUCAGGAGGAUAUUUUCUUUCCCCUGCAGAAUGAAAGCCCUUCUUUAAAAGGACAUAUUUUUCACCAAGUCAGCUCCUGAAUGGGAACAGCAGUUUGGUAGUUUUCUUCCUCAAACUCCUUCUUUUACUAAUCUAUUUGGCUCACAGCCUCCCCAGAUAAAGUUUUUUAAAAAGGGGUGGAAAGAUCUAUGUGACUGGCUCCUUCCAUCCCAUUUUAGUAUGGUCUAGUGUUUUGCCACCAAUAGAGAUAAAAAGAAAAUCAUAUCGGUAGCAGCAGGUUUUUUUUCCUUCUCAGAUUUUAUCUAUUGCUUAUAAUCCCCAGUCGUAGGACUCAUACAGUUCCCGUGUUAACCCAUCAAAUUAAACCCUGGUUUGCUUAGCCAUGGUUUUUUAACUAACUACAAUUGGCUCAGUUGUACACAUGGACAAACAAAACUUGGCUUACAAUUUGUUUUGCACAAUAACGAAGAUUGGGCCAAACUCACUCUGCUGUGGUUCUGUGUUGCUUUCGGUUUGUUCCUCAGCUUCUUGAAGUUUAGUUGCACUCUUUCUUCUCUCUGUGUGUUCUUUGACUGCUUGCAGAUUCUUUCUGGUUUGGCUCUCUGCUUUCUUCUUCUUUGCUUUUCUUUGCUUUUCUUUGCUUUUUUCUUCUCGUUCACAUGUGCUUUCUUGCUUGCUAGCUGACUUUUCUCACUACAGCUUCAUUUCUGCGUGCAUUUUUGGGUGAAUUCUUAGGUUUGGUAUGUUACAAUAUACUUAAUUAUAACUAUAUUAACUACUGUAUGAAAGAAUGAGACCUGUUCAUCUUGGGACCCUAAACCUGCAGCUCUCAACAUUCAUAAUUUGUGAUGCUGGUUGAAUGGGAUUGGGAGUUGUAAUUCAAGAACAAACGGCUACACAUUCUCCAAUCCAUUUUAGAGCUCAUUUUGAAAACUUUUUUUCUUGCCAAAAUGCUUCUGGACUUGUAGCAAGUUCUUCCUAUACUCCUUAGGAAUAAUCAGUAACUAAAAAUGAAGGCUAGAAGUCAUUUUGCAUUGCACCAAAUUUAAAUUACUCUGAAAAUGUACUUGUGGCACGUUUUCUCUCUCUUUCUAGCUUUGCUAUAUGCUAUCCAGCCUGUUUCUUCCUGAACUCUCACUGCCUCUUCUUUCUUGUUCAACCUCUCCUUGUUUGCUUUUUUUUCUUCUGCAUUCUUGCCUUUUCUCUUUGUUUCCUCCCCUUUUUCUUGAUCCCCUUUUUGCUUCUUUUGUUGCUCAUAUUUAGCAAAAACCCAGUGUAGAAUGCUCUUUAUAUAUUAGUCUCAUUAAUGUUUUGUUUGCAUCUAUUUAAGGUCUUUUGACGGUGGCAUCCAUGUAUGCCCUCGGGGGGGGGGGGAUUUUGCAUGCGUUGGCCAGAUUCUAGUAUUUUUAAGCCCUGUCCCUACUUGCACCUAAACAUACCCAAUAUGCCCUGGUAAUACCGGUAUUCCAUUUCUGAAGCUUUUGAUUAAAACAAGGCAGAACUAGCAAGCUGUUACUUAUUAUAAAUUAUUUUUUAUAUAAAUACUCAAGCUAUUGACUUGAGUAUUUAUAAUCUAAUGCUAGGAGUCCAGUGUGUCUAUGUAAGAAAUAGCAAUCCUUACAUGGUUUAAAAUAGAAGACAAGUGGAGAUGGCAAAACAGGACAUUUCCUGUCUAAAUGCUUAUACUCUGGUAUAAUCAUUUUAAACUUAUACCUUAAGUUUAUGGUAUAAGUUUAUGUAAUCUUAAACUACAUAAAUUUAGGAGAACCUUAGGUGCUGCUAUGCAUGUCUCAGUGGAACUGCUCUACAGCAAUUAUGCUUGCAGAAGCUGUAACUUUGCCUUCAUCUCUUCCCCUUGUUCAUCACCAUGAAUGAGACAGGGAUUCAAGUUCUGUUUCUCCCAUUUUGGUGCUCCAUCAAGUGCCACCUCAAAUUGUGGGAAAUCUGUCAUGUUGUUAUUUUUGGAGGGAAGCUAGAUGGUUGGCAUGAAUAGGAAGAAAGACAACAGGCAGAAUAGAGACAGGCAAGGGGAAGAACUCAUUUUAUGCCAAGAUAGCUUUCUGCUGCUUCACAGGUUGAGGGAUAGCAUUACAACUCAACAAUGGGGAAAGAACUACUCCCAGGACAGCUGAAAGCAGUUUAAGCCAGUCUCACUCAUAGCCUGGGGACAAGAUGGAGGCAGCGUCAUGGAGAUCUGAUAUACACAGAGGCAAA